UUAUUUCAUAAUUUAAGUUCUGAUAUGAUAAAUAUUCAUUGGACAAAGUUUGAACAAAAAUCUAUGUGCAAUUUUAUUUCAGGGAAAUUACCUUAAACUAUAUAUACCACAAGUAUAAAUAAUAUAUCUAUUAUAGUGUUGCCCAAACCACAAAAUGAAAGCUAACUGCAAGCAAACCUGAGUGGAACCAAACGCAAGCAAACUGGUCUAGACCUAACCUACAACUAUUAUCACGAAAACUAUGGUCUUUUGAACAACAAGAAACAAAAAGUAAGCAGGCAUCCUUUUUAUUUCCAUCCCGGAUCAUUUUUACCUUGGGUGAUGUGCUAGUGGCUUCUCAAGAGACUUUAGAUGCAUUAAAGUACUAGUGUUAGCAAAGGUCUCAUGAUUUCUUCGUCUGUGUGCAAUAAACUAAAUAAGGAAACUGUAAAUCUGUAUCAAGACUUCCACUUUUCACUUUUAGCCUGAUCUCUAGUGGCGUGUUCUAAUUCAUUAAUGUCAUCUUCAUCCAAAUGCAGUUUCCUGAUAUUUUCUCAUCACUGAGGCAACAUCAAAAUUUGAUUGUGUGUGUGACAGCUGAUAACUUGAAAAAGAACCCACAAGACUUAUCCCAUACUUUAUGUCCACUAACUCACCAUGCCUCCUAGAGACAUUGACCUGCCCCAUUUUAGGGUUGAUUUUCCUCAAAGUGUCCUUAAAAGUUCUGUCUUCUGCUUCUUGAAUGGUCACAUUAUUUGUUUGUUGCCUCAUAAAGAAGACAAGUUACUGCUAUUCACUCUCUCCCCUUUUCAUUGUCACUCAGUUUUGUUUUUUAACAAUUGUUUGGCGUCAAACCUGGCAUGGAAAGGGCAGAGGUGAUACUAUUAUACCUCAACCUGUCAUGGAUUUAAUAAUUGUCCUUGACAGGUUGAGGUAGAAUAGUAUCACCCCUGCCCUUUCUGUGCCAGGUUUGAAGCCUACUAGUGCAUGCCUCUUCAGGAUUUUGGUCGGCAUCAUUGACCAAAUCUUGUGUACAUCUGCUUUUAAACAAGGAGCAAACAAGUGGUUACAAUAUGAACAAGUGGGUUCCACAACAUCUCCAGACACAAUACACAUUGCUAGCUUAAGAUUAUUUGGUUCAUAAUUUUUUUUCUGAAGGAGUGAUAGCACUUACAGUGAAAAUAAAAUUGCUUCUCAUCAAUAGUGGAUUCUAUGUUAUGAAGGUACUUAAGAACAUAGAAUUCAUAACAUUCAAUUCAUAGAAUUCAUAACGUAAAAUUCCUCAAGGAAUGUUUUUUCCUUCCUCCAACUGGUUGGGAUGAAAUUGUGAUUACUGCUUCCCCGCUGCUUUGCGCUAUUCUUGAUAUUGUUCAUUUCUGCCUUUGUAAAGAGUGGCAUUUUCUCCAAAUGAUAGCCCCAACCACUUUUGGGAAAUUUACCCUCUGUUUAGGGCCUAAGUACAUUGUGAAUUUCAGCCCGGCUUCUGAAACAAAUCCUCUUAGGCCCUCUUUACACCACCCUGGGUUGCUUUUUACCCCGGGUUGAAUCACCGCAGAGAGUGCUAAAAGUAAACACUCUACACCAACAUGGGUUGUCAGCCUGCAAUAGUGUGUGGUUUGCUUUGAGCCUGACCCAGGCCAGCCUUUCUACCAACCAAAAACUGAAAACAUGGGCUAGAAAGAUGACAAAAAAAACCCAGAAAGUAUAACGGAAUGGUGGGAGGUCCCGUAUACAAACCAAGCAAAACGAAACAACAGGUUAUUUGACUGAAAGCACCAACCCGGGUUAGCUUUUGGCCCACUGUUAACAUGUAAGAAUUGAAGACAUUUCAACCCUUCUCACUGGGUCAACGCGAGUCUCAACAAGGGUUACCUGGCAAGGAGGGCUGACCCGACUUGACUACUGUUUUCAUGUUAACGCUUAUAGACAUUUGACAGCAACAGGGUUACCCGCCACGGUGAUUCAACGCGGGGUAAAAAGCAACCUGGGGUCGUGCAAAGAGGGCCUAAAAAUCAAAUUGUAUAUGGAGAAGGAUUCAGCCUGAGCCACAUUCCAGCCUGGGCUGAAAAUCCUAGGCCUUAACUGGGCUAGGAUUUUCAGCUCUGGCAAACGGGCCAAAAAAUCCGAAAAAAUUCCCAUGUAAUCAAAAUGGAAUUUCAGCCCGGGCUGAAAAGUGAGCAUAGACAUGCCCAGUGAUUUUAUUUUCUAGGAAACAUGACGGCUGCCGCUACGAAGUUCCUGAUGUAAUCGCCACAAAAUUUCAGCCCUCCUAGCUGGGCUGAAAUUUUAGCUCCGGGCUGAAAUUCGCCAUGUAAUCAGGCUCUUGAAUCAACAACAGCACAACUUUUCGCUUUGUGUACAGCAAAUUCCGAUCCCGAUAGACAAGACUGACUGGCGUAUUCUUCGAAAAGCAAAACAAAAGCAUUUUUUAUUUCUCCAAACAUAUUUUAGGCGUAAACUUAACUUCAUUUUAUACAAUGAUAUGACAUUAUAACGUUUUUACAUGCACAUGGCCGAACGAUAUAAGCUUACCUUAAGUUUAAAAUUUACCUCGUUACAAGUUGAGCUUUAGUACGUAACCCUUUGACAGGAUCGUUCUAACAUUUCAGCCAAAACCUACUUGGAACAAUGUUUCCCACAGUUCGUUCGUCCAAUGAUUUUCUCCUUCUAUCCUAAACUCCUCGAUUUCAUGUGUGGGCCCUAACUCGAUCCACGUCAUUCUUGUCCAGAGGGAGUCCAGAGGCGAUAGAGGCGACAGGCAAGGACAAAGGGUAAAAUAGACUAUAAUAAGGAAUACAUGAAGUACUUACUGGAGAAAGCCGCUGACCAAAGAAGCGCUGGUCCGAGGAGCCAGGGGAAAACCAAAAGCGCCCAAACAAAACAACCCACUACAGUCAAGAAGAAAUGUUAAAAGGUCUUCCUUUUAGACUUUUUGGGGUCUGAGGCAUAAAUUAAGGGAAUACAUAGUUAAAGAUAAAGGUGAGAAAUGGAUGAAGACAGCAGUGAAAAUGACCUACUUGCUACAAAAUCAAAGGACAGCAGGGAUGAUAAAAUGCAAGCAACAGCAAAGAAGGGGCAAACUGAAAGCAUCAUUUCUCCCUCCCUGAAUUAUGUUGGACUGAAAAACAUUGCCAACAACUGUUGGUUUAAUGCUGUUGUACAAGUAUUGACACAUUGUUCUUUUGGAGCAUGGUUAACUGAUACAUUAGGAGUUACUACCUUACCAAGAGACCUUCUAGAUCUGGCCACAUCGAUAACUAAACUCAGUCAAACUCAAAGGCCUAAGACCAUCAAUCCAUCUUCUUUGCUGAGAACAUUUCAUAAUCGCAAUCCAGGCAUGUUGCCAGGCCUCCAACAUGACGCCCACGAAGGCCUUGUGCAGCUGCUAAAUGGUAUUGUUACUGAGGACACGCGAUGGACACCAUUACAAGCUAUGGUUCAAAACGCAAGGGAAUGUACUCGGUGCAACCAGGUGAUAGUUGGCACUGAGGAGUGGCGUCACUUUGUCUGCACUGCAUCAAUGCAAGGCUGCAAUAGUGUGCAGGAUUGCAUUCUGAAUAUAGGUCCACAGGGAAACAAGAAAUUGAAAUUGCAUUGUAACAGAUGUAAAGAAUAUACCAUUUGUAAAGUCUGGUCAGCGAUUGUAGAGAAGCCCCAGCUCUUGAUCAUCCAACUGAUGAGAUUUCAUAAUGGUGGAGAGAAACUGAACAGAGAAAUUCAAGUGUCACAAGAGAUGGACAUUUCAUCUGUAUGUUCCAUUCAGCCUGGACGUGAUCCCUGCUACCGUUUAGUGGCAGCAGUUCUACAUCAUGGUGGGACUAGCAGGUCAGGCCAUUACACUGCACUUGUAAAGGUGCACGGGUGCUGGCACCUCUUUGACGAUGAGAAGAUUUCAACACUUAACAAUGGUCAAGUGAAAGCCAAGCUGGAACAAAGUGGAUACUUACUCUUCUACGAGGAGAAAAAAGAAGAACAAGAGUUGAAAACACCUUCAGGUGAAUACUCCUCAAUGGAUAAAGGCAAGUCCAUCAUCUACUUUUUUUACUGUAGGUGUACAGAAGCCUUUUGGCCGGCUCUUACUUCUUGGCUUAGAAAACAAAACAUUUUUGUAGAGACUCUAACACUAAUGUCUAUCUUAUUUAGUGAGUUUAGCGAAAGCAAAGGUAUCAUCAUUUUAAAUCACCUGAUACUUAUGGCAAAAUUUUAUAUUUAUAAAUGCAAAUUGAACAAUAUGGAACCAUCAUUAAAGGUUUUCGUAGCAAAAGUUAAAAUAGUUCAGGACAUAGAGCGACAAAUAACAGUAAAACGUAAUAAGAUGACUACAUAUAACAAAAAAUGGGAAAAACUCUUAACUUGUAAUUUCAUCUAAACUUUCGACGUUGUUUCUUGAACUCCCUCUCCCGAAAAAAUAUCGUAAAUAAGACUCAGUAGUUUUCUGUGAGUAAUGUAUUGUAGGUAAUGUACAUGUAUGUAGUGUACGUUUAGUGAUGUAAUUUAUUGUAACUAAUCUACUGUAAGCAACCUACUGUUAUUCAGUAUUUGUAAGUAAAAUAUUGUUAAAGUAUGUUAAAGUAUGGUUAAGUUGUAUGUCAUAUUGUACUGUAUUAAAAAAAUUAAAAAAUUACCAAAAAAAGUCCAUCAUGAUAUCAGUAAUGUUAGUGUACAUUUCACAUCCCUCGUUACAGCGGAAAUUAUCAGGUUAAACGUCAUCAUUUUAGAAGGUAGGUAGGUAGGUAAAACUUUAUUUAUGCAGGGUGGCCCAUUCAGCACAG